AGUACAGUUGUAACGCUGUGGAUGUAUGUGUGUGUGUGUGAGAGGAAGUAAAAAGUGUGUGAUUGAGGGAUUGAAGUAAAACAGAAGAAGAGAUGAAGCUGUGGAUUGUGUGUGUGUUGUGUUUGGCUCCAGCUCUAGUGGGCAGUAAGUGUGUGGAAGAGUUGAGGAGCAACGGCUAUCUCGUCAGGAUCAGCAUUAAGACAGCGCUGGGACAUGAUGCUUAUGACUGGAACGAAAGUGAGAUGUUCUUCUUCAGAGCUUCAUUGGCCUUCGCCAUGAGGAGGUACACCAACAACCAGACCUACGACGUCUCAAACAUCUUAGUGUAUAAUGAAACACAGCGAGUCUCGUUUUGGUUUGUGGUGACGUCACCAAAUGACACUUCACAACUCAUUCCCAAAGACACGGUGGAGAACGCCGUCAGGAAAUCAAGGAAUCGGAUCAAUAACGCGUUCCUGCUGACGGAUCGGACGCUGGAGUUUGUGGGAAUAAACCCGACUCUGGCGGCUCCGGUGCAGUACGAGACACCGCCGUGGCUCAUCGUGUUCGGGGUGGUGAUGGGACUCGUGUGUGCUGGAAUCAUCGCCAUGCUACUAAUCUCCUUCAUCCAGAGGAAACGGGCGAAGAACAAACACUCAGAGGACAAGGAGGAAGUCGGAGAAACCGUGACAGGAAAUGAAAUAAUGUGUGAGGUUCUGAAGGAGAAGGAUGGCUUUAUUGAGCGAGGAGCUGCUGAUGAUCGCUUCACUAAACUCUAACGCCUGAUGCACUUCUACACGUUUAUCAGCGUCGUCACGCAGCUGUUCGAGUUAAUGAUGAUAGUAGCAGCAGUCAGGCUUAACCAGCCUGUACUUCACACUCAGCUCCAGAAUUAUUGGCACCCUCAGUAAACAUGGGUAAAAAAAGGAAACCUCUGAUAUGGUUUCCCUUAAAACCUUCACACUUACAUACAAACAUCACUUCCUGUUCGCUGAGCCGGAAAAACACUCAGGUUUCUGCAUAUGUAAAAACAUUUAGCUCCAAAAAUACAAUUCAAUUUUAUUUCCCAAAUCCAAUUCCAAGCGUCGCCGUUUGUUACAAAAUCUGUUCUCAGAUAUUUAUUGUUUGUGUUCCUGAUCUGUCUGUUAAUUUACUACAAAAAAUAUUUAGAAUAACUUAUAUUCGUCAGGUGCCAGUCGUUUUGGAGUCGAGUGAAUGAGUAAAAACAUAUAUAGCAGUGAUUCAGACUGAGAUUCAUAUACAAAUGUAAUUACAUGUAAGAUGUUCUUGCAGAUUAUUCUGAAAUAUUGGUUAUGUAACUUUUAUGUGGAAUAAUUUAUAACAAAUAAAUACGCCGAUCAGGCAUAACAUUA